GUACCAUCUGGACUCAGCAGAUCCUCUCCUUGAUUUUUGAAGGUCAUCGGAACAGAACUGAAAACAUCACAACACUUGAUAGAGCACCAUUUUUUGAGUACAAUCUUCACAAAUUAGACUAUGCCAAAAUGCCAUCACCUCGCAUCUUCAGUUCCCACAUUCUAUAUUACUUAGUACCAAAAGGUCUCAAGGACAAAAAAGCCAAAAUUCUUUAUAUCUACAGAAAUCCUAAAGAUGUUUUGAUCUCCUAUUUUCAUUUCUCAAAUUUGAUGCUUAUACUUCAAGUUCCAGAUACUAUAGAAAGUUUUAUGCAAACAUUUCUAGAUGGAGAUGUGGUAGGAAGCCUUUGGUUUGACCACAUAAGAGGCUGGUAUGAACACAGAGAUUUCAAUAUUAUGUUCAUGAGCUUUGAAAACAUGAAGAAGGACCUCAGAAGCUCGGUGCUUAAAAUCUGCAGUUUUCUGGAGAAAGAACUGAGUGAAGAAGAUGUGGAUGCUGUUGUGAGACAAGCUACCUUUCAGAAAAUGAAAGCUGACCCACGAGCAAACAAUGAACAAAUGAUAAAAGAUGAUCUUGGAACAAGAAAUGAUAUGGGAAGUUUCCUUCGCAAAGGUGAUAUUUAGUGGUCUGUAGUAGCAAAAAUAUUG